AUGAUGGAUAUUGAUGUUUAUCCUACAAUACAUGAAUAUCGAGGAAAUAUAUCAGGUCUUUGUGGGAAUUUGGACGGAAAUAGAUGCAAUGAUUGUGUCAACAAAGGAAGCCAGUUACCCUGCCAGAACCCUCCGCCAGAUCAUGCAAGCUGUUAUGGGGGAUAUAAUUACCAUCCAAACUAUUUCACAGAGUCGUUUAAACUCGCCGAGGAGGAAAGUCUACUGAAUGUCGAACCAGACUUGAAUCUCCUCGAACCAUACCCAAAAUCCGAGCAAGUGUGCUUUUGUUCCCAUGCUAUAGAGACUGAGGCUGACAUAACUUCCCCAACACCGUGUUCCUACAGACAAUACACCAGCUGUGGUAAUCAGAAUGACAUGGCUUGUAUUCUACAGGGAAAUUCAGGAAAUGUGAGAGCAAAGAGAGACGUCCGAAAGAAUACGAAUUUUCAAGAUCAUGAAAGAACAAAAAGGGCUGCUGUUAUGACGGAAAGCGAAGCGACUGCUGUCUGCAACCUUGCUCUGAUGGCUUCACCCAUAUACACUGUAUGUACUAAUAUGGGCAUCCCUUCUUCAGAAAUCCAAACAUGCACAGCGGAUCUGAUGUUGACCGGUGAUAGUAACUGGACAGCGUAUGCAGUGGACAGAUUCCAAAGCGCUUGUCUGGAUACUGUUACAAAGAAUUCAACUCUCCAAGAAAAUUUUCCUGACGCAGUAAAUGUGAUAAGAAACAACACGUGUCCGGGCAGUUGUUCUGGGAAAGGAACUUGUAACGGUGGGGCUUGUAGUUGUGACGAAGGCUUCGCAUCAGAUGAUUGUUCUUAUGAUUUGAGCUUGCCAUUAGCCACAUUGGGUCUCGCAAAUGAUGACUUGUGUGAUUUGCGAUAUGGUUGUGAUUUAAUCGUGAUCCAAGGACAAGAUUUUCCCUAUGGUAGAAACUACACAUGUCAAUUUACGGGUCAAAUGACUUUCAUCAAUUCAACUGUACAGACAUUGAAUGUCCAAAAUGUAACUGCCCAGUACCAGAAUCUUUUUGAACUACAUUGUGACCUCCCGGAUGUGGAAAGCCCGCCUGAGAGACUCGGUGUAGAGUACAGUGUCUCUAUCGCUUUGGAUCCGUUUGAUUUUGGUACGGCAUGGAACUUUGUCGUAUUAGACACGACCUGUCAGGCAUUCACCAAUGAGACAGGAGCUAUAUCGUUUCUACUUCAGGAAGGGUACUGUUUUAUCAAUGGUGAAUGUGUUUUCGAAGGCACACAUAACAAAGACGACUUUUGUAAGGAGUGUGACAGCAAGGAGAGUAUCUAUACCUGGUCUGAAUCUACAGAAUGUUCUGUUAGUGACCUAAGUACAGGAGGGGAGGAUACCUCCAAAAUAUCCAUGAUAAUAGCGGUCACGUGCUCUUCUCUCUUUGUGAUAAUACUUGUCGGCGUUGGCGUGUGUUACUGGAAACUAAACUCAACCAGGGAAUCUAAGAACAGGAGCGAGUCCGUUACAUUUUCUGCGAGGACCGAUACCGUAGAAAACAUUUUAUUCAAUCCAUAUCUGCAUGCUGAUAUACAGAACAAACAUCCACCAAGAGAGACCAGGGCAUUGUUCCUUAGAGGAAAUAAGACCGAGCCAUAUCCAGUUACUGAAAAGAUUUGA